AUGUUGCGUUCUGAUGCUCAAACACAGAAUGAUAAUAAUAACAUAUUUCGUAAUAUUAAUAAUCUACGUGUCGACAUAAUAUUGGAAAUACAAAAAGAUAUUGAUCCUUAUGAUAUGGUUUCUUUGGUGUUCUUAUUGUACGAUACCCCAGAUACUGCACUUCAGAGAUUAAUUGUUUAUCAGAGGCUAUCUAAUGACGAAGCAUGCCAUAGUAUUAACCUGCUCUAUGACUGGGCACUUCAUGCACAAUCAUCACAAACUUGGAAGUAUGAAUUUCUGGAGGCUCUUACUAUUUGUAGAUUAUACAAUAUUAUAAGAAAACUUGGAUUUGAUGUCUCACAAGUUAAGAAACACUAUUUACCAGACAAUCUGAAUGUCAGCAUUUAUAUAGAUCCCAUGAAGAAAGUUCUAUAUAAACUUUGUGAAAGUUUAAAUUCUGAAAUAUUUUCUAAAUUACAAAAGACACUUAUAUCAUACAAUUAUAAUGUAGCUGAAUAUAAAACAUGUGAAUUAAUUUUAUUGGAACUUAUAUCAAAAAGGUUUAUUAAAUUGGGAUAUUACGAUAAAGAAAAAAAAUCUUACACCAAUACCUACGACAUUGAAGAGCUUGCGAAAAUUAUUGAAAAAUUUUCGAAAGUCAAUAUAUUAGCAUCAGUGUUAAGGGAAAUACAAGAGCAAAUAAAUUCACCGGACUUAAAAAAUAAACCUCAGAACUUUACUAGUAUAGAAAAAUACAAUAUUCCCGGACCGUCGAAAAUCAAAGAAGACAAAUAUCAAGAGGGCUUUGAUGAGAUUUUUGAGCUCAUGAACCAGUGUCACAAUGAUGAAGACGAACCGGGGAUUAAUUUAAAAUCUGACAUAACGCUACUAAAAGAUGCAUAUGCUAUAAAAAAUAGAAAAAGAAUUGGUGUAUGUUGCAUAAUAAACCAAGACAAGUUUUAUCCUUCAAAACAAAGUUUACAAGACCAUGAACACAUUGAAUUGGAAGACCGUUUGGGUUCUAAGUUGGAUGUUAUGGCUUUAGAAAGAACUAUGACAUCACUGAAUUUCAUAGUAAAAAGUAAAUCUAACCUAGAUCACGAAGAAGUUUUUCAAUUUAUAAAAGAUGUCUUGAAAUAUCACGUCACAGCUGGAGACAGUGUUUUUAUGCUGUGCAUACUUUCUCAUGGUGUAAGAGGCCAUGUUUAUGCAGCGGACUCGGUCAGGAUUAAAGUGGAUGAUAUACAAAAUUUACUAGAUUCUGAACAUGCCCAUCAUCUCCGUGGUAUACCAAAAGUACUCAUCCUUCAAGCUUGUCAAGUAAAAGCCGACUCGGAGGUAAAAAAUAAAAUUGUCGCAGACGGGCCAUCUUCAAAUGACUUCUAUUUAAAAAAAGCACAUUUCCUGGUCUACUGGGCUACUGCGCCUGAAUAUGAAGCUUUCAGAAUAGAAGAUAAAGGAUCAAUAUUUAUCCAAUGUAUCUGUGCACUUAUAAAGAAAAGAGCCAAAUAUGAACAUUUGUUAGACAUUUUUACUAAGGUGAAUAAUAAUGUUACAGCUUUAUGCACUAAAAUAAAAAGCUUUCAAGUACCACUAUAUAAAACUACUUUGACAAAAAAAUUGUACUUGAGCAUUCCGGAGUAA